AUGACAUCAAAGUUUUUUUUUGCGGCUAAAAAAUUACCGUGGAUACCAUUUAAUCUCUUGUUGUCCCCCAAGAACCCACAUCAAGAAAAAUCAUGUUUAUCUCAGCCUUAUGGCUACAACUAUGAAUGUUGGGUCUUGGACGCUAAGAAUAACUUUAAGCGAGAAGAGAGUUUUACGAGCGAAGGCCCCUCCCCAUCAAACAAAUUAAACAAACAACACGACUUGCUAAAAGGAUCCAUAAAGCAGAGAAAACCAUUACCGCCAAUACCACAACGUCAACAGCCGUUACCUCAGUUUAACAAUCUACAGCAACGAAGAGAUCAAUUUUCCUUGUCCUCCUCGAGACAGGAAAAGUCAACGACGAUGCAACAUCAAUUCUAUUCUUCACAACAGUCGCAUCAAUCAAGUAGUAAAACAACCUCUUCUUCGACGAUAAUACAAGACAUUUCGUUGUUUGAACGGGUACCUUUGGAACGCGUGUCGGAUUUUGCUUCUCAUAUGACUUGCUUCCUGUGGUUCGGUGAUUAUAUGAUGGAUCCGCAUUCGUCGUCUUCAUCGAUAAUAGUACCACCCCCCGGCGGGAAUGGUCAUGGGAGAUUUGCUGAUUAUAAACCGAGAGAUGCGUUCAAGAAAUUUUGUCGUGAUGUAAUUUCGGCGACACAGGUCUCGCAUUCGGUAAUUCUCCUGUCCUUACUUUACAUCCACAGGAUGAAGAUAAACAAUCCCACCAUCAAGGGUCAGAAUGGUUCGGAAUACAGGACGUUCACAGUCGCUCUCAUGUUGUCCAACAAAUUUUUGGAUGAUAAUACCUACACAAACAAGACUUGGUCAGAAGUCACAAACAUUCCCGUUUCAGAGAUAAACACCAUGGAAAUGGAGUUUCUGAGCUCAUUGAAUUAUCAAUUGUACGUAUCCGAGCAACAAUUCUUCGAUUGGGUUCGAAACAUGAUAACUUUUGUUUCGAUUGGCGAUGAUCGUCGCAACAAUGAUGAUUCCGCCCCCGAUUGCUCAAUGAAUAUUUCCCAACGAUCGCAAUACUCGCAGAAGCAGCAACAGAUCCUUGUUCCCGUUCAAUCAAUGUCAACCGGAUUCAAGAGGUCAGCCGAACAAGCUUUUGUGGAUGGAAUGAUGGUGUCGCCACCGAAGAGAACAAAUUGUUAUCCGACUUAUCAACAACCACAACUAGUGGUUCAACCACAGCCUCAACAGGUGUACGCUCAAACGUUUGCCUACCCCACGCCACCACCAAGCACCUCGAGUUCACAGCAACUUGCCUAUUACAAUUUGCAGACCACUGGCUCCUCGAAUAACAGUGGCACUUCGAUGUUCGGUCAACAACCACCACCCUUACCAUCAUCCUAUGAACUUAGACAAAACUACACUUUAGAUCCGAUGAAUGUAUUCUAUGCAACGAGGCGUAACUUCAUCAAUGCUCGAUCAGCCUCGUCGGCAUUUCCAAUUAGUAACAUGUCGUUCACGACGACGGUGGUGUAA